GCUGCUGUAAGCGCGACUCGACCAUAGGAUGGCAACCACCACGGACUUGAAGAUGUGCAUCAACAACAACGACGGGGAGUCCCUCAUCAUGGACAUGGAGGAGCAUCACGCCAUGCAGACCAUGACGGCGCUGCACGCCGCGGGCGACGCCUGGCAGCAGUACUCCGGGUACUGGGACACCCCGGCGCCGCACCCCGACGAGCUGGUGCACUACGCGGCGGCCUUCGACCACCUGGCCUCGCCGGGCUCCGACACCCACAGCACCGCCCGGUGGACAGACUCGCCCUUCCAGAGCGCCAGCCCGGACCCGGACCCGACGCCGGCGCCGGGGGUGUGCAGCCCGCAGUCGGCGCCUCCGCGUCGUCGCGCUGCCCGCAGCAGGGGCGGCUGCGGGGGCGUUGCGGGCGCGGCGAGACGCGCGCAGUCGGCGCCCGCGCCGCAGCCGCAGCACCAGCAGGACGGCGAGCCGUCGCCGCCGCCGGCCGUGGUGCGCAAGCGGCGCCUGGCCGCCAACGCCCGCGAGCGGCGCCGCAUGAACGGGCUCAACACGGCCUUCGACCGCCUCCGCGGCGUCAUCCCCUCGCUGGGCGCCGACCACCGCCUCUCCAAGUUCGAGACGCUCCAGAUGGCGCAGACGUACAUCGCGGCGCUGUGCGACCUGCUCGGGGUGCCGCGGCCGCCGCUCGGACCCGUGGGCGCGGGCAGGACGGGUAGAGCGCCCCCUAGCCCCGCCAUGUCCUGCUGAGGCUCAAGCUGGAUAGGGUUGGAGGUUUCCAAAAUUUUCCUCAAAAUUUCCUAAAAACCCCGGAAAAUUUCCGAAAAAAAUUGGCAAACUUCUAAUGUUUGUGAAAUUUUCCGCGGAAUUUUUUUCCUGAAAUUUCCCUGGAAAAUUCGGGAAACUUUAGAAAGUUUCCAACCCCCAAUCUGAAGCCGCAUGCUGAAGCUGAAACUCACGCUGAAAACGAUGUCCUAUGGUUUUUCAUGACGGUUCGGUAAACCAAGGAUGUCCCCCAUGCGUUCCUUCCUGAAGACGUCUUGGUUUUUCCGAACCGUCAUGGAAAACCAGGACGUCGUGCUGAAUCCAUGCUGAAGCGCGAGCUGGCCGCGGCUGUCACCGUCUUCAUCUCUGUACAUACCUGUACGUGCCGUCCAAACUGAUAUAGAUUUCGUGAUUGACUUUGUAAUGAUACACAACCAAAGAUUCUAUUUUCUUGUAUACCUUUUGAUAAAAAUAUUUUUUAAAUUAUUUAUUUGCAAGUGUUGAGACUGAAAACAAAAAUAAAAAUAAAU